UUCACGAUUACAAGAUUAAAAAUAUGAUUGUCACAAAAAGUCAAAUUAUAAUAGAAUCAAUUCUGAAUUGCUUAAAGAUGCUUGCGAUUGCGGGACAUAUCAUGAUAUCAGGUGACCAAUCGUUGAUACUAAUAGCGAAAGCGCCACCGUACCGCUAUCUUCGCAGGGCGCCGCUCGAAUUACCGACGUGUGACGUCACGAUCGACCAUUCUUCUCCUUGCCGCGCUUUUGUUCCGGUCGAGUCGGAUGCAGGGGCUGUAAUCUCCCAUGCUUUUUUCGUGAACAGCGGUUGUAGCGCCGCCGCUGCAAGCGAACCAGCCGAACCGAACUAAAAUGCAAUAUGGCCGCUCUUUCCCCUUUCACCUCACUCCCCUUCCCUUCCAUUGACCCACACGUACACACAUGCACACAUGUACACGUCCAAAUUAAUAAUAUUUAAUAAAAUUUUUGAACUUAUUUAUUUCACAUGUUUUAUUACAUAUUUAGUACAAACAUAAAAUGUUAUAAUUUGCAUAUAAAACAUUACAUAGAAAAAUAUUUGGAGAAAAGUAUUCACUAGCGUAAAAACUUAAGUCGCGUGUCCAUUCAAUGCAUAUAAAAAUAUUCGCUGUAAAAAUAUUUGUAUACAAUUCAACGUAUACGUGCGCGUUAAUGUAUUACUUUUUAUUCAGUUUUACUUAACUAAAAUUAAACAUAUCCAAUUAAAAUGCUUCAGAAUUUAUAGCAACAAUGUAUGAUUUAUAGAUUUUUCUCAUAGAAUUCGUACAUAAUACUUAUUAUAAAUAAGUUGCCAAAUAACUUAAAUCAUUGUCACAACAGUAAUAUAUUCAAUAUAUCUUAUUCAAAUGCGUUAUAUCUCGUAUUUCAACUAAUUGUA